AUGGCCGACGGACUCAACCAGGCUCGCGCCCUCCGAGUGGCCGAGAUCAUCAACGACUACCGCACUCUUCUCAUGCACAUCUCCCAACAGAACGUCCAACCCCCUGCCGAUGACUACAACGAAGAGGGGUACAAAGUGAUUCGCGACGGUCUGGCAGCCGCACAGGCUCUGAUGACAUCCAACUACAACCCCUGCGCGACGCCAGCACAGUCCAACAACGUGGAGAUCGAGAAGGCAGAGUUGCGAAGGGUCAUUCUCGACGCCAGCGCCAGGCGCUUCCAAGCGCAUCGCAUCUAUCUGAAAGUAGCCGCCGCAAGACGAUGGGUGAUCAACCGACAGAACAUCCUGCGCGGACAACGGCCGGGUCCGCAGCAUGCCACGCAACUCAAGAACGCAAGCAACACUUUUCAUGCUGAACUAGCCCAAGUGACCGAGCAGCACGUGGUGGCGGAUCUUCGCGCAGCCGACACGCGCGCAGGCCACUGGCUGAACGACGAUCCAUCUCUGUCUACAAUCCUCCAAUGGAUCCGAUCUCACUCGUGA